UCUUCCCUUACAUUUGCGGUCUUUCUUUUCGUUUUUUGGUUCGCCGAUGCUCAGGUUCUUUCCUGUGUAGACGUAAUUAACAGUAAACAAUUUACUUGAAUUAUUCCUUGUUCUGCAGCAGCGACGUUUGAAACUAUCAUAUUUUGUGUAUUAGGUGACAUUGCUUAGUUAAAAGAGUCCAUCUAAAAGUUCUUCUGAAUCUUCUCACUGGAACGUUUGCCUGGUUCUUGAUAAUAGCUGUCUACAUUCAUUUGUGAUUAAUUUGUUGCAAAUAAAUCAAUUUAUUUAUCUUUGAUUACAAAAUCUGCAGUAAGCAAUCAGCUACUUGCUCGAUAAACUGAUCGUCCUUAGCCGGGGAAACACAUCGAACGAUUUGAUCUUAAAAUUAAUUAUUUAUCUCGAAGCGUUCCAUCCCAGGAACCUAACUUCGGAACUGUUAACAGUGACGUAACACGUUUUGUUGUCGAUGCUUUCGUUUUGCCAUGGAACAGGAAUCGAAAAUCCGGAAAAGCAACGGAAAAUCAGCUGUGGAUGCGCGUACAUCGAUGAAAACGAUGAAGUUUCGGACCGAAGAACAGCGCUUGCUGCAGUCCAUUCUAACUCAAAAAGAUGCGCUUGUAAAAUCUUUGAUUUUUAUCAGCGGAGUGAGGGGAACCGGAAAGAGUAUGCUGGUUAAAACUGUGCUGGACGGCUUACCUGUGCCAAGUACGCUUGUGGACUGCACCGUGGCAGACACCGAAAACGCGGUGGCCAGUAGAAUUUUCAGCCUUCUGCGACAUAUCGACGACGAUUUCUCCAAAGCUUCUGAAGGUCUAACCUGCAGAAAACUGUUUGAUCUUCGCAAGUUUUUGCGAUUAUUUGCUGUGCAGAAGAUUUCCACGUUAAUCGUCGUUUUGGAUGGAUUUGAAAUGGUGGAAAAAUGGGCUUUUGUGUGGUCAGAGCUGUUAAAACUGCAAAAAUUCUGUCUGCCUGCAUUGAAGUUUGUCGUGACCAGCCGCUCAUCUGUAUGCUUGUUAGCCGGAACAUCAUACAACUUUGACGAUCCGAUGCAAAUCCAUUUGGGUAAAUACAACAAGGAUCAGUUGAUUGAUCUGGUUACAGGGAUAUUCCGCUGCAGGAGCGAUGUGGAUGCUCCGUUUGUUCGAAACUAUUGUGACCUAAUUGUUGACAGUUUCGGUCCAGUCACAAGUGAUGUGCGGGAGCUUCGCGCCUACGCUCAGCGAUAUUAUCCACAAUAUUGUGCAAAAGUCUCCAAGGAUGUUCCGGUUUCGCAAACCGAAAAGUUGUGGCGACACAUCUUGCCACAUUUGAGAGCAGAAUUACAAUUCGGUCAUACGAAAGGUUUUGAAGAGAAAGCGCGGAUGGAAGCAGACAUAAAAUCCCUUCCUCUACACCUCCGAUUUUUGAUUGUGGCUGGUUUCUUUUGCUCAUAUAAUUCAAGCUCAAUGGACGCCAAAAUGUUGUCGAAGCGCCAUGAUCCGGGUAAAAAACGGGCUCCGCAUACGGGGAUCAAGAAAAAAACGACUGAAAAGCGGCUGACGAUGUUAGGACCACAGUCGUUUAGUUUUGACCGAGUGUACAGUGGACUUCGUUUCCUAAUGGAAGACGUCGCUUCCGGCAUUUCCCCCAUGCAAGUGCAAUGCAGUGUCCGCAGGCUCUGCGAUAUGGAGCUGUUUGUGCGGGUGGGGCACGAGGAUAACUUGGACUAUCCUAAAUACAAGUGCAGAUGCAGUAAGGAAUAUGUUGAGCAGAUUGCGGCGUCCAUCGGUUUGGAACUUAAUAGGUAUUUGAAAGAAUUACAACAGUGAUAUGGCUUAGCGGAUUACGCCCGGAACGUUCGCGCCCAUUACCCCUUAAAUUAUUCUCUCCUUUAUUAAAUCUUAAUUGGUUCUAGUGGAUCAUGUUGCUAUUUAUUUAUGGUAGUUGCUCAACAGCUUUUUUUAAUUAUGUUGUUCUUGUGAUUCGAAGUUGAACACUUGCGAAAUCGCAGGAAAUCGAGUGAUUUGUGUUUUUUUGUGUAUAAACGAUUACAACGAUGCGUGCCUGGAACACGAAAGCCCAAUAGUGAAUCAUAAUUCCCGUCCGUGUUGAUUUUACG